AUGGGUGGUGGUACCGGAUCUGGUAUGGGAACUCUCUUGAUCUCCAAGAUUCGUGAAGAGUACCCUGAUCGGAUCAUGGAGACGUUCUCCGUGUUCCCCUCCCCUAAAGUGUCCGACACUGUCGUGGAGCCUUACAAUGCUACCUUGUCAGUACAUCAACUUGUUGAGAACGCUGAUGAGGUUAUGGUACUCGACAAUGAGGCCCUCUAUGACAUUUGCUUCAGGACUUUGAAACUCACAACGCCUACUUACGGUGAUCUCAACCAUUUGGUAUCUGCUGCUAUGUCUGGUGUCACUACUUGCUUGCGAUUCCCCGGUCAGCUCAAUGCCGAUCUCCGUAAGCUUGCGGUCAACAUGAUCCCAUUCCCCCGAUUACACUUCUUCAUGACGGGCUUCGCCCCCCUCACCUCUCGCGGCUCUCAGCAAUAUCGCGCCCUCACCGUGCCCGAAUUGACUCAGCAGAUGUUUGAUGCUAAGAACAUGAUGUGUGCAUCCGAUCCUAGACAUGGACGAUAUCUGACCGCAACCGCUCUCUUCCGUGGCCGAAUGUCGACUAAAGAGGUCGACGAGCAAAUGCUGAAUGUCCAGAACAAGAACUCAAGCUACUUUGUCGAGUGGAUCCCCAACAACAUCAAGAGUGGUGUCUGCGAUAUCCCACCCAAGGGUCUCAAGAUGGCUGUGACCUUCUUGGGUAACUCCACUGCCAUCCAGGAGAUGUUCAAGCGGGUGGCUGAACAAUUCACUGCAAUGUUUCGAAGGAAGGCUUUCCUCCACUGGUACACUGGUGAGGGCAUGGAUGAGAUGGAGUUCACCGAGGCCGAAUCCAAUAUGAACGAUUUGGUUUCUGA